CACCCUCUGUCACAGUGACGUCACCGCACAGCUAGACGGACAGUUGCAAGCUUCGGGCAGAGAAAUUGUUGACGUUCUGUUUUGAUCGCUUUCGUCUGGAUUUUUGGACAUUACGCCGAAACUACCCGCUAAUAUAGAAGCCUGCCUAUCGACUCUACCAUCACGCCUCAGUGCAGGGAUCCAGCAAAGAUGAAAUGGAUGUUUAAAGAGGACCAUUCCCUCGAGCACCGAUGUGUGGAGUCAGCCAAAAUACGCAACAAAUAUCCGGACAGAGUACCGGUGAUCGUGGAGAAAGUUUCUGGCUCUCAGAUUGUGGACAUCGAUAAGAGGAAGUACCUGGUGCCCUCUGACAUCACAGUGGCCCAGUUCAUGUGGAUCAUCAGGAAACGUAUCCAACUGCCUUCGGAGAAAGCCAUCUUCCUCUUCGUCGACAAAACCGUGCCCCAAUCCAGUCUGACUAUGGGCCAGCUGUACGACAAGGAGAAGGAUGAGGACGGCUUCCUGUAUGUGGCCUACAGCGGAGAGAACACCUUUGGUUACAAAGCCUUUUAUACAACACGGGGUUAAUACUUCACUGAAUACCAGUUACUCAGAGACACACACAAACACACACACACACACACACACACACACACACACACACACACACACACACACACACACACACACACACACACACACACACACACACACACACACACACACAUACUAGGGCCCUACAUAUACUGAUGCAAAAUGUUACAAAUACAAGCUUUUUCCUGUGAUACUCAAGUAACGCACCUGCACACUUGGCAUAGUUAUUGAUGGUCAAUUUUUUGAUACUAGAAAAUAUACAUUUUAUGGCGAAAAUUAACCUACACCAAUAUGCUACAAUGAUCAACAAUGAAGUAACACACUUGUAUUUUUGGAAGGCUCAGAUAAUCAUCAGUGUCAAGACAUGAUUGGUCUUCAGCCAUGGUUACUGUUUCAGGAUCAGUUGUGGAGAGAAAUAUCUGUAACACUGCCGUUAAAAAUAAAUAAUGCACCCUGUAGGCACAUUAAAUAUCAUUAACAUUAAAUAUCAUUGAUAAGUACAUGCCAAUCUUCACUCAUUACACAUCAUGCUACAUUUUGGUAAGGUCUGGCUUUGCUUUCACAGAUAUUUGUGUUGAAGCUGAAGUUAGCAAGAAACUCUAUAACCAUGUGACUAGAAUCAUUAACCACGUUAUGGAUGUAUUUGUAUGGCUUAUUGUAUCGUGUAUAAAAAAUGAAGUAUUUAACUAGAAUGCCGCAGCGCUAUGAUUGGCUAUAAGAACAGCUAUAAGCAGCUAAUGCUAUUUAGCUGGUGAAUGAUAAUGGAUGUCUGCUAGCAGAGAGGCAGCCUGUUUAAAGUGUCCCCCCCUGAGGGCCAGGGACCAGCAGUGUUACAGAGUGCUUCCAAGCCUGGCUCUUAUGUAUUUUAAUGCAUUAUGUCAGAUGUUGGUUAGCCCCGAACGGGAUUCAUACUCAUGAUGCCAACAGCAAGCCAUGAACCUCAGUGACCCGCUGAAGAAAUUAACACUUUACUUGAAGUAUGAUGUGUUUUAGUGUUCUCAUCCCACUUACAGGAAAACUCAAGCGGAACCUCUAGUACAAUGCACUUUACAUGUUCUCCGCCUACACCAAUUGUCUAGCCCUACAUAAGUAAGAGGUUUCUACACCCCCCCUCACAUUGUCACUUUAAUUUGUCAAACACAACUCUUACUCAAAGUGAUAAUAUUUACAGCAUUUGGGUGUUAGCUUCUAGUUGUCUUUUUUUUUUAACCAGUGGCAUUGAUUUUGAGACAACAAAAAGACUUCAUGAACCCAACAUCGUUAAGCCCAGCAGUCGUCAUCCUUCUACAGAUAUGGAGGGCUAAAUGAAAAAGUUGUGGCAGAGCCACUGUGCGGCACCCGCUUAGCUGAUAACAGCACAAUUAGCGGCUAGGAGAAUUAAACGUUGUUGAGUUUUGAGUAAAAGUUAGUAGGCGAUUGUUCUUCAGUUCUUCAGGAGGCUCCAACAUGACUUCAAAUGAAUGUUGCUCAAUGUCUGCUAGAUGCUACAUAGACAACUUUUAGUGCUAGAAAAAAACCACUUAUGUCUUGUAAUAUUCAAUGUGUCAGGCUUGCCCAGCUUUAAACACGUUAUGGUAUUUCAUCUAUUUUGUUGUUUAGUAUGUUUUCCUUUUUUUUUCCUUUCUCACAGCUUGAGCCACGCAGUCAUUAUCAAAAAGUGGACGGAUAAAAAGCUAAUGGCAAUGCAUUAGUCAUUCCUCUUUAGUUCUUUUUCGGUAUUCUGAAAAAUGUUAUGUCCCAGAGGAAGCAGGCAAGACAUUGAGUCAGUCAGUAUAUAGCAGUGGAACAACACCCCCCCCCCCACACACACACACACAUUGCUUGAUUGCUUGGCCUUGAAUAAGGUAAAUUUGUGUUUAACAGAAAAACUGCAAAUACACUGUGAGCCACACCUAGGUACAUAACAUAAGAUUUACUUUAUUAAUCCCAGACUGGAAACAUGCCCAUUAUAUCUUUUUAUAUGUUAAUAAUUAAAGCACACAGGGCUCAGUGGAAAUAAUAGUGAAUAGAAAGUGUUUUCCACGUGUUAAUGAUUAAACUUGAUACUUAAUGAACACUGUGUUCAUGGGUGAAAUGUACUGCAGCUUUAUUCACGUUUUAAAUGCUUCAAGUAAAGUGUUGCUCAUGUGUUUUGCUUUAUGAGUGUUUGAGCCUCAUGACCUUAUCUGUAGUUUUUGGUGCUGAAUCAGAGUCAAAGUCAUCAGGCAUUUUUCCAUCCUUGACUUGACCCAUAAAAGUAUUCAUAAAUGUGCACCAUGAGCUGAUUCAGGCUUUAAACACAGUAUGUAGAUGUGUAAUAUAUUGCUAUACUAUUCUGUAUUGUUUUAUUUCUUCAGUGUUGUAUGUUGGUUAAAUAUUACUUAAAGACAUUUUAAAUAUUUGACCAAGGUAAGGUAGCUGGAAGAGCUGACCAAUAAAAAUAAAUGAUACACGAA